UUCUUCAACAUUUCCCCCGAACGCGCACAGAAAGUUUUGAGCGGAGCAGCGCGAAGAAGGAGCCGGGAGGAGGAGGAGAGGAGAGGAGAGGAGAGGAGGAGACACUUGGGAGCUCAGCGUCCGCCAUGGAGACGUCGCCGUCCCGGGACAAGAAGGAGAAGAUGGACGGCAGCGGGUUCGCCGACCUCCCGAAGAAGCCCUCGCCCUCGGAGAGCAGAGCCCCCCACCACCUCUUCCCCACCUUCCACACGCCCAUCCCCAUCGACAUGCGCCACCACGAGGGACGCUACCACUACGAGCCCCACGCGCUGCACGCCAUGCACAGCCCCGCAGGUCUGACCAGCAGUCCCGUCAUCUCCGACAUCUCCCUGAUCCGCCUGUCGCCGGCCGCCGUGGCCACCGGCGACUCCCCGUUCAGCCCGCCCCACCCGUACGUCAACCCCCACAUGGAGCACUACCUGCGCUCGGUGCACGGCAGCCCCACGCUGUCCAUGAUCUCCGCCGCCCGGGGACUCAGCCCGGCAGACCUGGCCCACGAGCAUUUGAAGGAGCGCGGGCUGUUCGGGCUUCCUCCUCCUCCGCCCGGCGCCAGCCCGGCCGAGUACUACCACCUCAUGGCGAGCCACCGGAGUCCGUACGGAGAGCUGCUCAUGCAGGGGGCCGCCGGCGCCGCCGCCGCCGCGGGGGCUCACCUGUCCGACUACAUCACGCCCAUCGAUGUGUCGCGCUUCUCCAGCCCCAGACUGACGCCGCGGCUCAGCAGGAAGCGGGCGCUGUCCAUCUCGCCGCUGUCCGACGCCAGCAUCGACCUGCAGACCAUGAUCCGCACCUCGCCCAACUCGCUGGUGGCGUACAUCAACAACUCGCGCUCCAGCUCGGCCGCCAGCAGCUCGUACGGACACCUGUCGGUGGGAGGACUCAGCCCCUCCUUCCCCUUCCCUCACCCCAUCAACCCCGUGGCCUACCAGCAGCUCCUCUCCCAGCAGCGAGGCCUCAGCGCCUUCGGACACACGCCGCCGCUCAUCCAGGCCCCGCCCACUUUCCCCGGACGCCAGUCGGGCCUCGGCCUGUCGUCUCUGCCCGCUGCGGUCCACGGCGGCGACCUGACGUCCAAGAACCACGGCGGCGACCCGGCCGUCAGCAGCACCGUCGACCCCCUGAUCACCAAGAGGUCAAAGGUCAAGGCCGAGGCGGACGGACUGCGGCCGUCGACUCCGUGUUCACCGAACCAUCUGCUGGACCUGAAGGACGACGCGGACCGGGACGAGUGCAAACAGGAGCCGGAGGCCGUUUACGAGACCAACUGCCACUGGGAGGGCUGCAGCAAGGAAUACGAAACACAGGAGCAGCUGGUCCAUCACAUCAAUAACGACCACAUCCACGGAGAGAAGAAGGAGUUCGUGUGCCGCUGGGAGGACUGUUCGCGGGAGCAGAAGCCUUUCAAAGCUCAGUACAUGCUGGUGGUUCACAUGCGCCGACACACCGGGGAGAAGCCACACAAGUGCACGUUUGAGGGCUGCUCGAAGGCCUAUUCCCGCCUGGAGAACCUGAAAACACAUCUACGUUCGCACACUGGGGAGAAACCGUACGUCUGUGAGCACGAAGGAUGCAACAAAGCCUUCUCCAACGCCUCGGACCGAGCCAAGCACCAAAACCGGACGCACUCCAACGAGAAACCGUAUGUGUGUAAGAUCCCCGGCUGCACCAAGCGCUACACCGACCCCAGCUCGCUCAGGAAGCACGUCAAGACGGUCCACGGACCCGAGGCCCACGUCACCAAGAAGCAGCGCGGCGACGCGCCGCCCAGGCCGCCGGCGCCCCGGGAGAACGGCGAGAACGAGACGGGAGCCAGAGAGAGGCUCCAACGCGACGACAAGCUGUCGGACGGCGGCUCGCUGAGAGGGGUGGAGGACUACCUGCACGUCAAGUCCAUCAAGACGGAGAACUCUGUGAUGUAUCAGUCCAGCCCUGGCGGUCAAUCAUCAUGUAGCAGCGAACCAUCACCACUUGGCAGUGCCACCAACAAUGACAGUGGAGUAGAGAUGGCGGCGCACAGCGGGGGCAGCCUGGGGGACCUCAGCGCCCUGGACGACCCGCCGCUCGCCGAGUCCCUGGGCUUCGAAGAAUCUGCGGGCGGGGUCGCGGCGGUGGGCCUCCGCUUCAGGAAGCAGCUCAGCACCAGCCAGCGCCUGGAGCAUCUGAAGAAGGAGAAGCUGAAGACUGUGAGGGACUCCUGUCGGUGGGCCAACAACCCAACGCCUGCGGUCCUCGGCACCAAGCUCCCACCCAUAUCAGCGAGUGGGUCCCUCCUGGAGAGUCAGAGUAUGGGUGGGGGGCCGCUGUCCUUCCCCGGUUCUGGAUUGGGUGAACUGAGCACCGGGAACAUGACCCUGUUGGAGAACCUCUCCGAGCGGCGCGACAGCACCUGCAGCACGUUGAGCUCAGUCUACACCCUCAGCCGCCGCUCCUCGGGCAUCUCGCCCGGCUUCUCCAGCCGCCGCUCCAGCCAGACCUCGCAGUUUGGCGCCAAUCGGCCCAACAACGUCAGCUCCGCCGACUCCUACGACCCCAUCUCGGUGGACAUCUCCCGGCGCUCCAGCCAGACCAGCCAGUGUGGGGGGAGCGGAGGAGGACCGGGGGGUUGUGGGGGAGGCGGCUUCCCGAGCCCGCUGAGCCUGACCCCGGCCCAGCACUACCGCCUCAAGGCUAAAUACGCCGCCGCCACUGGGGGCGCUCCGCCGACUCCGCUUCCGUACAUGGACCACAUGUUUCUCAAGGCCCACUCAGGUCUGUACGGAGACGCCCAGGGGGGGCCCAAGCAAUACAGCAGCUGCAACACACGGAGCCUGAUGCCCCACGAGGUCCCGUCGCACAUACCGCGCCGAGCCAGCGACCCCGUACGGCAGGCGGCGGCGGAUUCUCCCAACCAGCCGCAGAUGCAGCGCUACAACAGCAUGGGCGCUCUGGGUUCAGGACUAGCCAUGCAGCCCCGUCCGCCUCCCGGAUCAGACCGCCGACGCCUGUCCCAGCAAGGCUGCCUGCGUCCGGACGGCGGCCUCAGCCGCUACCCGUACAGCCUGCGACCGCCCAGCAUUUUAGAGAACUCCACCAUGGAAUCGAUGAACGGCUUCCCUGACAACAGAGACGCAGCCGACAGAACGACAGCCGCUCAACAGGACUUCCCAGGAUCCUCCGCUCUGCAGCAGCAGAUGUGUUAUCACAGAAAGACUCACCUCCUGGCCAACGCGAGCCCGGGGCGGCAACCACAGAUGAAUCAGCCUGUACCGAGCAGCAGCACGGCCAGUGCUCAGUGGAAUAAAGUGACUCCAGGAGUUCUAGAUCCCGCCCAGGACUACAGCAAGCUGCCGCAGAGAGGAAACCUUGCUGUCCUCCAGCAAAGCCACAACUUCGGACCCGUUUGCCACAAUCUGAGCCACCAGCAGGCGACUCAAGGCGUCACGAACACGAUGCAGCAGAGAUGCGUCCAGCUGACUUCUGACUGCUUCCAGUCAACAAACCUUAACGAAGCCUUGAGCACUCAGUGCAGGUUCGACGACGGCAGCGAUCCCAACGGAAACGCCGCUUAUGCAGCUUGUAGCAGCACCGGAGCGGCGAGCGGGAGCACGCUCAGCCCCGGCUGCAAACAGGAGCCGGUCGACAUGGACGUCGUCGACAUGCAUUUCGCCAACGUUGAGUUUCAGCCAGUUGAAGUCAAGGUUGAAAACUGUGACGGAUUAGUUGCAAUUUCAGAUCAGCAGAACUGCAACACGACCUCCCAGAAUCCCGCAAAUCAGAACUGUCUGCUGCCGAGACCCCCCGCAGAGCCAAACCCCAUCAGCAGACUCAGCUCAGCCCUAAAACUGAUGCAGCAAACUCGACACCCGAGCAACACCGGCUCAGACGCUGCUGGUGAGUUAUCUCCCAGCAGGAGUGUCGGCCUUUUCUGCAGCAGCAGCGGCGCUGACGACAACGCCAUGUAUUACACAGGACAGAUUCAGCUGUUUGGACCCAGUGGAAACAUGGCUGCUCAUAGUUCUCCCGUGGUCACUUUGCCUCCUUUUGACAGCGGCGCGGCGCUUCGCGGUUCGGGGGAAAGCUGCGCGGUGAGGGCCGGGGACUCUGACGCAGCACUGGAGCCUGCACAGAUAGACUUCGAGAGCAUGCUGGAUGACGGGGAUCGCUCCAGCCUGGUGUCGGGGACGCUGAGUCCCGGUCUGCUCCAGAGCUUGUCCCAGAGCUCCUCGCGGCUCACCACCCCCAGGAACUCGGUCACGUUGCCUCCGGUGCCAGCCGGGACGGGGAACAUGGCCAUCGGGGACAUGAGCUCACUGCUGACGGCGCUGGCAGAGGAAAGCAAGUUCCUCGACUUAAUGUCUUCGCCACAUGUGGCAGAAAACCUCUGAUAGAAACGGCUCUGCAGACAUUCUGAACUCCACGUGCACGGCAAAAAUUCCACCACAGACUUGUGUGAUUGUGUGCCGACAGACCCCGCAGAUCCGUUUCUUCAAGUCGGCUUUGUUGAUUAUUUAAAAUGGUCAUUUUCUAUCAUGUCUGAAAAGCCAUAAUUGAGUUUCUUCUGCCUAAGGCAGCAAAUGUAACAUAAACAACAGAGUUCUUUCAGUCACUGUACAGCUCAGCGGUGUGAUCAGUUUACUAAGUGCCUGCCUCAGCCCAGAUCACACGCAUACUGUGCAUUUCUCUAUAUUUAAAAUGUGCCGAUGCAGCUGGCUGAUCAUGUGACGCCUGUGUGUUUGGAAUGUUCUGGUUUGAAGCGUCACAGAAGUUUACUCUCACUGUCUCCAGUGGCCACUGUUAAGAUGAACCGUGACGCCUCACACCCCUUUCUGACUGGAAACCGGACGUUCAGACCCAGAUUAACAUCUAAUGUCUGUGGAGAGAAUCGGGCUUUUUCCUUUUAUACAUUUUUUU